UUGUGCGACGCGAAUAAAAGACGGUGCUCGUCGAGCUGCAGAGGUAGCGAGUCGUAAGGAAGCCAUGUGUUGAAUGCUAAAGUUGGGAGGUGGAGGUUUUCGGAAAGUUGCCGGGAUAUGCCGGACCGGCGCCUAAAAAAUACUUUACUUACAUCCUGCUUACAUCUCAUUCGAGCGUUAAAGUUCACUUUUCUCGUUUUCGUGCACGCGUGGCUCGAGGAGGAGGACAUGCUCCAUAGCAAGAGAGCAUUGGAAGAAGAUUCCGAACAACUUUCUGUUAAAACAAUCAAGCUCACCCACUCAAACUCUGAUAAUCAACUACUGGAGACUCAUCAUGGUCAUACGUGUUUCCCAACGCCUUCCGAGGGCCGAAAAUUCGAGAGCCAUGGCUCUAAUGACCAUGAAAACAUAAGCGCGGAGAGGCCAUUUAUGGAUAAACAGGGUAAAAUGCUCAAAGCAGACGUUGCUCUUCAAGAACUUCACGUUAUGCCACAUAUAUGGGCCGAGUCACGACAAGAAGUAUGCGAAAGCUUUGAUUGGUUUCGCAGCUACCAAGGGGGUGUCUACUUCGCGAACAAUAUCACGAAGGGUUACUUGUUGAGCGGAUUCCCUGCAAAACGUGAUGGGUUUUUCCAUAACGGAAAACUGAUAAUAUCCCAUGGUGGAGGGAAGGCCGAGAGUGUGCAACAAUUGAAAGGCGAAACGAAAGUCAAGCAUGCGGAGGACCAGAAAGCAGAAGAUAAAUCUGUUCGCGCGCUAUUGACAAAUUACAGACAACAGAUUCCGCUUGUCUUACUUAUUGACGAUAGAUACGCCCUGUUUCCCUACAAUCUCGGGGGUAAGAACAUAACCUAUGCUGUCCUCGGCGUUUACAACAUUACUCAUGCCUGGGCCGAAUACGAGACUACUAAAUCCGGCCAAAAGCAUGUGCGCUUCAAGUUUUCCUUUCAAUGGUGCAAAGAACAGGGGGAACCGUGGUGGCACGCGACCAAAGAUAAAUUUACGGAGGAACGGGCUACUCUCAUGCCCGUAGUAUCAUCAACUGAAGAUACUACAUGCGAUGCAAGUCUAGAGAACGAUAACGCACGAACAUCUGAAAGCGACUAUGAAGAGGCCAUGGAUAUAUCCCCUGAUGACGAACGUAUUCCUAGUACUACUGCUGCUAGUCCAGGAAAUGCCGCUCCAAAGUUCUCAAGGCGUAUGCCAGUAAAGAAGACCGAGUUUCUACUUUCAGAAAGAAUACCAGCCUCUGCAGAUAGGAGAUGCAUGUAUUGCGGCAUGCGCAGCCCAGCGGUUUUCUCUGUGGGCUGGGGGUGCCUCAAUGCUACUUGCACUUAUUUUUGGCGUCUACCCGAAGCGGGCAACGACCCGAUCCCUGAUGACUUGACCUUUGACGAAGGGUUCCUGCAACUGCAGACCUUGCUUCCCCUCGAUAGUGGAUUUAGGAAUAUCAAUCCCUCUCAGCCUGUAACGAACCCUCGAGAUAAGAUUACCACCUUACAAGCAUUCACUAGAGGAAUGCACUGUAUCAAAUGCGGUAGACUGUCUUGUCGCUCCAAAUGGGAGCAUUGGGAGUGCGCCAACUGCCAGAAUGUGUUGGCGGUUAAUGGGGCACCCCGUCCUGUGAAAGUUUUGAAAAGCUUGAAUCCGGGAGUCAAUUUUCAAUGGUAUUUUGUAGGGAAAGACGCUGGUAUAAUAAAAAGUACUGUGAAACCCUUUGGUGACCACCAAACUGCAGGGAACGUUCUAACAUUUUCCUUCCCCGAAGGAAGGGGUCAGAUUCAUCAUAUUCAGCACAACUCAAUGGGUCCUCUGGUGCGACUGGAUACUCUCUUUGAAGAAUAUCAAAUGCAAGCUGCGGAUGGAAGUCUGCCAUUUAGAAGAUGGCCUUUGCGUAGUCACAAACUUCGAGGUUCACUCCUCACCAACUACUUUUCCCAGAACUGCGGAGUGCCUUAUCAUUAUGUUGGAGGAACUGCCAACACGCUUACAUGGGAAGAGGCCCCCACAGCUGUAGUCAAAGCUAAAGAAUUCAUUGAAGAACGCACAAAUUUGGCCCUGAAUAAACAAUCUGAGUUCAAUGAAGUACUCAGCGCUGCGUACAUGGAAAAGCAGAAGAUGUCUUUCCACACUGAUGAUGAAAAAGGUUUGGGAUCUGUAGUCGCUGGAUUGUCAUUGGGAUCUCCUGCUCUCAUGCAUUUUCGACGACGAAAUGUGAAGCACGGACCAGAACGAAAGAUUUGCCUGAGUAUCGUUCUACGCCACGGUGAUGUUCUAGUCAUGGACGGCACAGGCGUCCAACAAUAUUACGAACAUAUGGUGGAACCCAUCAAUUUCCGUAUUGCAGCUACCGCCAGAUAUAUCAACCCAGAUCGAAAAUAAGCAAUCAAUCUAGGAAUUUUAUCUACCCUACAUUCGCAUUAUCGAUCUCUAU